AUGUCAAGGACAAGUUCACAGGCCAAGCACGACAUACCUCCACUCGAAAACCUGAAGCCUCUGUUUCGGCAUGACGAGGAUCCUCCCGAGUUUGACAACAUUUGGUUAUGGGCUAAGGAUGAAAAGGAUGAUAGGAAGCCAUGUCGCUUUAAACGAACUCGGGAAUUAGGAAAGGGUGCAUAUGCUGUUGUCUGGCUGAUAGAACGCGAUGACAUUCAAGAAGAUAUGAAGCUGGAGUUCGCCGCGAAAGUAGUUUCAAAGAGGACGGAACGUGACGGCAAGGAGCUGACUGACAAACAAAUAAAACACAGAGAAAGCUUCACAAAGAACGAAGCGCGUGUACUAGCUCGACUGAGGCAUAAAAACGUAAUUAUAUGCUAUGGAGCCUUCGAGAAUGAGCAUUCUUUCGUUACCAUUUUGGAGUACGCAAGAGGAGGUGACCUUUUUAAACGCCUUCAGGAGGCUGGAAGAUUUACAGAAAGAGAUGUGGCACACUAUAUUCAGUGA